AAAAUAAAAACGAAGAAUUGUCCAAAAAAAAAAGAGGAGUUUCUGAAAAGGUAGCAUAUGAAGUUUGAGAUCUCAUGAAGUUUAUUCUCAUGAGUUUAACUCUUUUCUAGUGCGUUCUUGUUUCUUUUUCAACCAUUAAAAAGAAAAAACUGUGUCUUGUUUACCAAAGAAUUGAUCAUGGCUCUGGCAGUAGUAGGUGGAGCUUUUCUCUCUUCGUUUCUCAAUGUUUUGUUCGAUCGGAUGGCUUCCCGUCAGUUCGUCGAUUUCUUCCGCCGGAAAAGGCUCACUAAUAGUACUGAACUGUUGGAGGAGUUGACUUCAAAAUUGCAGUCGGUCAAUUCAGUGCUCGAUGAUGCUGAGGAGAAGCAAAUCAGAAACCCUGCAGUGAAGAAGUGGCUUGACGAGCUUAAAGAUGCUAUCUAUGCUACGGGGAAUGUGCUGGAUGAAGUCAACACCGAAGCUCUGCGGCUCAAAGUAGAAGGUAAAGCGGAAAAGAAGGACAACAUCUGGGGGGACUAUCUCAAUUCCAAUUCAGUCGAUGAAUUUGACAAAAAUCUUGAACCCAAGAUAAAAGACAUUCUCCAUAGGUUAGAACUUCUUGCAUGCAAGAAACAAGUACUUGAUUUGAAAGAAGGUGUUGUAGUAAGACCACAAGUAAGAUUACCUGCUACAUCUCUGGUAGAAGAGCACCGGGUGUACGGUAGGGAUGAUGACAAAGAGGAAAUUAUACAACUUCUGCUAUCACAGGAUGCGAGUGGCAAUAAGGUGGGUGUGAUUCCUAUUGUGGGCAUGGGUGGGAUCGGGAAGACCACCCUUGCUCAGCUUGUCUACAAUGAUGAUAGAGUAAAGAUGAUCGGGAAGACUGCCCCGGCUUCCAACUUUGACAUCCAAGCAUGGAUUUCUGUUUCAGAAGAAUUUGACGUGGUUAAAAUAACCCAAACAAUUCAUGGAGCAGUCAUCACUGGUCAGACUUGUGGUGUUACAGAUUUGAAUCUACUUCAAGUUCAAGUGAAGGAUGCUUUGGCGGGGAAGAAGUUUCUCAUUGUUCUUGAUGAUGUUUGGAACGAGAAUUAUGCUCUGUGGGAUGUCUUGAAGGGCCCGUUCCAGUCUGGAGCACAAGGAAGUAAGAUCAUUAUCACAACACGCAAUCAAGGUGUUGCAUCUGUGAUGGGUACUCUUCCAACUCACCAUUUAAAGCAAUUAUCUGAGGGAGAUUGUUGGGACUUGUUUGCUAGACAUGCCUUUGAAAAUGCAAACGUUGGUGAACAUCCACAUCUUGAAGUAAUCGGAAGAGAGAUUGUGAGGAAGUGUAAAGGUCUUCCCUUGGCUGCAAAAUCACUUGGAGGUCUUUUGCGCUCUGAACUGAAUCCAAAACAAUGGGAGAUGAUAUUGAACAGUGACAUAUGGGAGUUAUCAGCAAAGGAGAGCAACAUUCUGCCUGCUCUAUGGUUGAGCUAUCAAUAUCUAUCUUCAGAUCUCAAGCGGUGUUUUGCCUAUUGUUCAAUAUUCCCCAAAGGUUAUGAAUUUACUAAAUCGGAAUUAGUAUCGUUGUGGAUGGCUGAAGAUCUCUUACAACCUGUAAGGAGGAAAACAAUGGAACAAGUUGGAGAAGGUUACUUUGACACUUUGAUAUCCAGGUCAUUUUUUCAACUUUCAAGUGCUCAUAAUCAAUCAAUUUUCACCAUGCAUGACCUCAUCAAUGAUUUAGCCAAAUUUGUUUUGGGAGAAUUUUGUGUUAGGUUGGAAGAUUAUGACUCCCUCGAGUUUCCAAACAAAAUUCGUCAUUUGUCAUAUCUGAAAACUGGUGUUCAUGAAUUUGAAUAUCUUGGGUGUUUACUUGGUACUAAGAACCUGCAUACCUUACUGGCAUUACCACUACAGCUUCCGUCUCAUGGAAAGCCUUAUAUGACGAGCAAGUUGCAUCAUUUUGCAUUAAAAAGGCUAAAAUACUUGAGAGUGCUCAUCUUAUCGAAUUGUGAUGUUGGGCAGUUUCUUCUUUCAAUCAACUUACUGAAACAUCUAAGGUACUUGGACUUGUCUCGCACUCCAAUCAAAGAGCUACCUGACACAGUGUGCAAGCUUUAUAAUUUGCAGACAUUGUUGUUGUUGGAUUGCAAAGAUCUCACUCAGUUACCACCAAAUCUGGGAAGUCUAAUCAACUUACGUCGUCUUGAUAUCAGAGGUUCAAACAUAAAGAAGAUGCCCACUGGUAUGGGUAAAUUGAAAGAUCUCCAACUACAAAGUGACUUUGUCCUGGUGGUAGACAAUUCUGGAAAAAACAUUGAAAACUUAAAGGAGCCUCAUUUGGGAAAAUCACUUUGUAUCUCGAAACUCACUCAAGCUGUCCUUGAUGGGAAUGCUUUGGAGGACAAUAUGAUCAGUGACAAGGAGUUUCUUACUCAGCUAGCUUUGACAUGGGAAGGUAAUACUGGUGAUUCAGGGAAAGAUGAAGAAGUGCUCAGGAAGCUCAAACCUCAUUCAAAUCUGAAGGAGCUCACGAUUGACUCUUAUGGGCAUACAAGUUUUCCAGAUUGGUUAGGAAGUGUUUCUUUCUGUAAUCUAACUUCUAUUACACUAGCAGACUGCAAAUCUUGUCUCCACUUGCCACCAUUUGGGCAGCUUCACUCCCUCAUACAGCUCUGCCUUACGGGGUUAGAUGCAGUGGAGUUGAUUGGUGCUGAGUUUUUUGGUUCUGUACCUAAGCCAUUUAUAUCCUUGAAAGUUCUGAGUUUCAUAAAUAUGAUGGGGUGGAGAGAGUGGUCUUAUACUGGAGGUAACGAAGAAAGUGGAACCUUUCCUGAUCUUCGUAAGCUUCAUCUGAAUAGCUGUCCGAAGCUGACUGGGAUGUUACCGCUAGAUAGCAUACCAAACCUUGAAAGCCUCGAACUGCAAGAUCUGGAACUCGUUACUGGUUCAUUAUCACAAAAAUCUGAAUACCUAAAAUUGCUGUCCCUCUGUACCUUGAAGAUACUUGAAUGCCCAAAUUUUCAGUGCUUUCCGAAUGAAGGGAUGGAUGCACCUAGAUUAACAGAGAUGUAUAUCCGUACAUGUAAGAAACUAAAGUCAUUGCCAAAAGAAAUGCACACCUCUCUUCCUUCUCUUCAGAAUAUGAUUCUAGAAGAUUGUCCAGAGCUAGAAUCAUUUCCUAUCGGGGGUUUGCCACCAAAGUUAAAAACACUUGAGUUUGACUGUACCAGAAAGCUCUUGGCAAACCAGAAGCAAUGGGGUCUACCAAGACUCAACUUCCUCAGAAGCUUAAAACUCAACUUCAUCGGAUGUGACCAACGGUCUUCAUUUCCACUGGAGCUGGGAGUGUUGCCAACCUAUCUCACUUCUCUCUCUUUCUUCAAUCUUCCGAAUGUCACGACGAUCAAAAGCAAGGAGUUUCAAAACCUCUACUCUCUUGAAAAGCUGUUCAUUGGGAAAUGCCCCAAUUUGACGCACUUACCUGAAGAUGGGCUACCCGCUUCUCUUUCUCAUCUGGGAAUCGAGGAUUGUGAAUCGCUAACUGUAGGAGACAAGUUGAUGACGCGGAAUGAUUUCCCCAAGAUUGCUCAUAUUCCUCUUGUAACAUUUGAUGGAAGAGAGCUCCAAUGAAAGAUGUUGAUGGCUCCCUUUUUUUUUUUCAUCCGGAAUCAUCAAAUUGUCUUGGAGGCUCCUCUAGUUCACUUGUGAUUUUUGACCAAAUGGCGAGUUGAUGAAACUCUGUUGAUUUUAUUAACCAGCGAUGCUCUUGAGCUUUCUCUUUUGUUUUCCUACACAGACGUAACUGAGAAAUUGUAGUUGCUGAUGGAUUUGCUCAGCAAGCCAUCCAGGAUUUCAUAUAUUGGUGGCGUCUCAACUUUGUUGGCAGUGUAAACCUCAAUCUGCCUGUAAGUUUCAGGUUUCUUGUGAUUUCUUGUGCAGUAAUCUAAUAUCUGCAAUGCUGCUGGAUGUACUCAUGAUGCAUUGACCUCGAUAAAACUUUGCAGAUCCAUUUGAGGUCAACACAAAAAUCAGAUCUACUGUUAUGGUUGCCAAUUUUGAAGUGAAUUAAGCUGAUUUGCCCCCACUUUGAACGCUUAUUGUUUAGGUAGCAGAUGCCCUCAUGUUCAUGCGGUGACUAAGGGACCUUGUUCACCUAAACCACCCCUCCAUUGAACUUCUUUUCGAAACAGAGACGUUGACAUAUCAAGUAAAAGAAAUUGACAUUCAUCCACCCUGCAGCCAGGGGCGCCAGAGUUUGAAAUUCAGAGGAUUAAUUUGUUAAACCAAGGGCUCUUGCUCAUAAGAUGAGUUGCAACUUGCAACUCAACACUCCAUGUUUGACCUUGUGCCUAGUUUCUUUCUUUUCUUCAAAAGAGCAUUCACGAUAAAAAUUCACCAAGGAUCUCCAGAGCAAUGUUCUUAUAUCUGUACUUAAUUAAAAAAAAAAAAAAGGGUUCUUAUCUCUGUCUCACAAGUUCAUUACAUUAGA